AUGUCAGCCAACGUGACAGGGCUGUUGUCGUUAACAACUGAAGCGACACCUGUUCUAUUUAUCAGUUUUGAAAUGUAUCGCCUCAUCAGUCGUAUAUGUUAUUACGCACUCUUUCCCUGUAUCGGCGUGAUUGGGAUAUUAGGGAAUGUAACUAACAUUGUCAUUCUAGCUCGGCAAGGAUUCCGCAAAUGUUCUAAUAUACUUCUCUUUUCUUUAUCUGUCUCUGACUGCCUGUUCUUAAUUGGUGUCAACAAUAUUCCAAUUCAAUUAUAUUUAGAGUAUAGUAAGUUCAGGUUUUCUGAGACUCUUAAUUCCAUGUGUUUCGUAUUAUAUAUGAUUUGUUCAUGUGCUAACGACUUCGGAUUAUUCUCAUCUGUGAUCAUUCCUGUUCUAAUAACAGAUGAACGUAUAUUGGCCAUAUUUUAUCCGUUCCAAGCGUAUGUGAUCCUAACUCCCCGGCUAACAGUCAUUGUCCUGUCUUGUCUCUAUAUUGUAGAUGGAAUAUUUUGUCUGUACGCAGUACCACUAAGUUAUCAACUGCAGAAUGUUCUGAUUAAUGAUGUCGUUGUGGGCGUCAUUGGCCCAAGUGAUAUGCGGAAAAUCCACGAAAGAAGCGGAGUGAAGCAGGUUAUUGACCAGAUAGUGAAUUACAUGACAGGAGUCAUCCCAAUCAGUCUGGUCACCUUGGGCUGUAUUGUUAUUGGACUCAGGAUCGUACAAAUCACCAACAGACGCCGACAGCUGACCUCCAGUCAAGUCACAGCCAGUUCUAAACAUGGCAUCACCAAGACAACAAAAACUUUACUGAAGAUCUGUUUGCUGUACAUUGUCUUUUAUGGCUCUACUUUUAUUGCUUCAUUUGUUUUACAGAGUGAAAUAUUAGAGGGACAGCUGACUACACAGUCGAUAAUUCAACGCUUUCACUACUUGGUGCUUAUUAUAAACUGUGUUGGUAAUUUUCUGAUUUACUUUGGUGCUCUCCAUCAAUUCAGGAAGUCAAGCGUCGUCGGUCAGAGACAAGAAUAA